CUACUUCUCAGACUACAAGAGUCCAGCUACCGCAGCAGAUCCCACACAAGCGCUCCUACACACGCGGAUGGAGAACAGGAGCUGGCUUGGCGGUGAUGUGUUUAGACUUUUUGCUUUAUUUAUCAGCUCUUUCUUAGGUCAUUUCUACGGGGAGAAAAUCUAAGUCUUCUAUGAUGAAACUUGUGUUUGUUUUUGCUGUGGUUGCGUAUUUCUUUGCAGAAAAUCUAUCACUUCCCGUUGGAAAAGAACGACAGCGAGAGGAUGUGGUAACACGGUGCUUGGUUGAGGUCCUGUCCAAGGCGUUGACCAAACCUGACUCUCACCCUCUGGAUCAGGAAUGCAAAGAUAUUCUCAAAGCAGGUGCCCAACAUGCUGCACCUGUGGAGAAGAAAAGUGAUGAGGUGCUGACACAUGAAGAGGGCAAAGAACAUGAACCUGAGCCUGAGGCACCAGGGGCCGACGUGAAAGACAUUGAGGACCUCCUGAAGUCUGUGGAGGAGAAGAGAGAGACACUGGAGGACGAAGAUCGCAGCCAGGAGUCAUGGGACCUCAACUACGAGAAGGAGAAAAGGAUUUGGAAACCAACGCACAGGUAUCAUCAUAAGAAACCCAAUCACAAACGUGAUGAGGAGGUUUCUGAAGAAGUGAGAGAAGAGCCAGACGAAGACAUAGUCAGGAAUCCUGGAGUCUGGAGAAGAGAGAGAAGAGCCCGAAGGGAACGUAGUCAGGAAUCCUGGAGUCUGGGCGAUGAGAAGGAGAAGAGAUAUAGGCCUACCUAUCGGUACACCCCAAAGAAACACCAAAAACGAGAUGAAGAAGACGAAGAGCGCAGUCAAGAGUCCUGGAGUCUGGGCGAUGAGAAAGAAAAGAGAAAGGAGGAUGAUGAGGAAAGAAAGAAGAGGAUUUGGAAACCCACCCAUCGGUACCACCACAAGAAGCACCACAAACGCAGUGAAGAUCCUUCAGAGGAAGAGGAGGAGGAGAAAGAUAAGAGAAUUUGGAAACCCACACACAGAUAUCACCACAAGAAACACCACAAACGAGGUGCUGACUCAUCGGACGAGGAAUCAGAAGAAAAGAGAUCAGAAGAGUCAGAGGAAGAGGAUAGAGAGAAGAGAAUCUGGAAGCCCACACACAGAUACCACCACAAAAAACACCACAAACGUGAUGAGGAGCUUUCAGAAGAAGGGAGAGAGGAGCCAGAUGAAGAACGCAGCCAAGAGUCCUGGAGUCUGGGUGAUGGAAAGGAGAAGAUAGAGGAGGAUGAGGAUGAGAGAGAGAAGAGGAUUUGGAAACCAACUCACAGGUACCACCACAAGAAGCAUCACAAACGCAAUGGGGAUUCCUCAGAGGAGGAAGACGAGGAACGAAGGAGCGAUUCGGACGAACAUGAGGAGGAGAAGAGGCAUGGAGACGCCGAGAAGGAUGAGAGACAGAGGGAUAGGCAGGAGGCUCUGAGGUACCUGGCAGAGAAGAGUCGUCUCCUGGGGGAGGGCGAGGUGUAUGAGAAACGUUCUCCCUGGGCUUACAGAGGAUACUACCACCCUGCCUGGUGGAAGAGAAGCAUAGACCCACACACACCAUUGCAUAAGAUGGAGGAACUGGCGAAGUUGCUGACCUAUAAGAAUCACCAGCUGGCCAGCCAAUCAGAGCCGGCGGACGAGGAAAAGAAGAGGAGCGUAUCUCUAACCCCAGAGGAGGAGAAGGAGUUGGAGAACAUAGCAGCUAUGGACAUGGAGCUACAGCAGAUAUCUCAGAAAUGCAUGAGAACAGGAGUGACUAGAUAG